AUGAGCGUCCAAACAGUACAGACUAAGCCAUUCCCAGACCAGAAGCCGGGAACAUCCGGUCUUCGUAAAAAGGUCAAGGUCUUCCAGCAAGAGAACUACUCCGAGAACUUCGUGGCCUCCAUCCUCGAAGCCAUCCCCGAAGGUGCAGAUGGCUCAUUCCUCGUUGUUGGCGGUGAUGGACGAUACUGGAACCCCGAGGUCAUGCAAUUGAUUGCCCAGAUCGGUGCCGGGUAUGGCGUCAAGAAGCUGCUAUUUGGCCAGAAUGGCAUCAUGUCCACACCCGCAGCAUCACAUCUGAUCCGCAAGAGGAAAGCCACUGGUGGUAUCCUCCUCACAGCCAGCCACAACCCUGGUGGACCAGAUGAGGACUUUGGUAUCAAGUAUAACUUGGCAAACGGUGCACCAGCACCCGAGAGCGUGACGAACAAGAUCUUCGAGGUAUCAAAGACAAUCAAGGAGUACAAGAGGGUGGACAUUCCCAAGAUUGACUUCAACGAGAUCGGCUCGCGAAAGGCUGGGCCACUGGAGAUCGAGGUCGUGCACAGCACCAAAGACUAUGUGGAUAUGUUGAAGGAGAUUUUUGACUUCGACCUGAUCAAGUCCUUUCUCAAGGAGCACUCCGACUUCAAGAUCUUAUUUGACGGUCUCAGCGGUGUGACCGGCGACUACGGUGUAGACAUUUUCGAGAAGGAACUCGGGCAGAAGGGUAGCACACAAAACUGCGUACCCAAGCCAGACUUUGGCGGCCACCACCCGGAUCCCAACCUAGUCUACGCACACUCCCUCGUCGAGGCCGUUGACAAGAACAACAUCCAUUUCGGCGCUGCUUCUGACGGUGACGGCGACCGCAACAUGAUAUACGGGGCCAACGCCUUUGUCUCACCCGGUGACUCCCUGGCCAUCAUCGCCCACUACGCCGAUCUGAUCCCAUACUUCAAGAAGCAAGGCAUCUACGGCCUCGCUCGCUCCAUGCCCACAUCCGGUGCUAUCGACCUUGUCGCAAAGAAGAAGGGCGUUCAGAGCUACGAAGUACCUACCGGCUGGAAAUUCUUCUGCGGUCUCUUCGACGCCGACAAGAUGAACAUCUGUGGCGAAGAGUCCUUCGGCACAGGUUCCAACCACAUCCGUGAAAAGGACGGUCUAUGGGCUGUUGUGGCGUGGUUGAACAUCAUUGCUGGUGUGGGCAAGCAGUCGAACAGCACACCCAGCAUCAAGAGCAUCCAGCUCGAUUUCUGGAAGACCUAUGGACGAACAUUCUUCACACGUUACGAUUACGAGGGGUGUGAGUCCGAGGGCGCGAACAAAGUCAUUGCGCAUUUGAACGAGUGGAUUGGAUCUGACCCGAAGGCGGCUGUGGGCAAGAGCAUUGCCGGGCGUAAAGUCAAGGAGGCGGGUGACUUCAGCUAUACCGAUCUCGACGGUAGCGUGAGCAAGAACCAGGGUCUGUACGUCAAGUUCGACGACGGUAGCAGGAUCGUCGUGCGGUUAUCUGGUACUGGGUCCAGCGGCGCCACUAUCCGCUUGUACGUCGAGAGGCACGAGGGAGAUUCGAGCAAGUAUGAGAUGGAUGCUCAGGACUACCUCAAGGAUAAUGUGAAGAUGGCUGUGGAGCUGUUAAAGCUUCAGGAGUAUGUUGGUCGUACGGAGCCGGAUGUAAAGACCUAG